AUGGGCCUCUGUGGAGCAAGCAGAUCUGGGUAUGCAUCAUCAGGAGCGUCAAGCGAGGGGAUAGGAGGCCAUGGAGUUGGACUCAGGUGGACGACCUCUUAUAUGUGUCGAGCCUCCCGCGCCAAGUCAAGUCCUCCACACAAGUUGAAGGCAAUAGUAUCGCUAGUGGAGACGUGGGAGUUAGCAAUCAGCCCAGAACAACUCCAUGCUCUUGGACUAGAAAGCCUCGUCCUGCCCACUCCAGACUAUUCAGCUCCUUCCAUGCAGAACAUCAUCACGGCCGUUGAGUUCAUCGACUCCCACGUCUCACGGGGGCAAGGUGUGCUUGUCCACUGCAACGCCGGGAGGGGAAGGAGCGUUGUGGUCGCCAUCUCCUACAUGCUGAUGCGACACCAGCACCAAGGGUGGACGCCUGAGGCUGUCUUCGACAUGAUCAGAGCCAGGCGGGCCGUCGCCGCCAUGAGAGGGCUCGGGGGUAUCAAGUCGCAAUGGCAUGCCGUGAAGAGAUUCCAAAGGUAUCUGAGGAGGCAGGGAGGCGUUCUGAGGACCAUGGCUCGGACGGAGGCUCCUCAACAGCCCCCCGCGCAAGCAUGGACAGUGGAUGUCAGCAGUACAGGGGAGUGUGAAGAUGCAUCGAGAGCAGAGGAGAGGACGCCGCAAGAAUCGGAGGAUGGAGAAGAAGCUCGGGUCUUGAUAGGAAGGGAGGAGGAGGGGGAGAAGGAGGCAAAGGCACAGGAGGAGGAGCAGAUCGCGUUGCCUGGAGCAGCAGGAGCUGCCGCAGAUUCAGACGAGAACGUCUGA